AUGUCCAAUGCUAAAGGGUACCUUUACAUGUACAUGUCAUUUUUAUCUACUCUUCCUAACAUGAAAUCAUUGGAUCUGAGUUAUAAUUUUCUUAUCGAGGCCUCCUCUUCUUCACAUACAAAACAAGGCUCUACAGUAAGUUUUGUUGGCUUGGGAAAGCUGGAGUCUCUACAUCUAUAUGGGAAUCAUAUUAACAACGGUAUUCUUCCAUUUUUGGGUGUACUCACAUCCCUCAAGACCCUGUUCCUCGGUUACAACAAUUUUGACGGAUUGCUCCAUAUGGAAGUUUUGUGUGGAAUGAAGAGGCUUCAACAAAUAUUAGAUUUGUCCGGUAACCAAUUCAAAGGAAACAUCCCAUCAUCUCUCAUAACUAGCCUCUCAUCCCUUUCACACAUUAUUUUGGGCUACAAUGACUUUGAGGGGACAUUCACAUUCCAAAUCUUUGCUAACCAUUCAAAACUUGAUGUUAUUGACUUGGACAGUGCUGGAAGCAAAUUAAAGUUAGAAACUGAACAUCCCCCUUGGGUUCCUCUUUUCCAGUUGAAGACAUUGCUGUUGUCAAAUUGUAAUCUUAAAAAGCAAAGUAAUAAUGCUUUUCCCAGUUUCCUCUCUACUCAGUACAACUUAAGAGAAGUUGAUCUUUCCCAUUGCAACUUAAGCGGUCUGCUCCCACCUUCGUUACUCAAGAGCAAUAAAUUGUUCAGUACUCUGAUCCUGAGGAAUAACUCACUGAGGGGCCAUUUUUUCUUACCAUCCUAUGUCCACAAUGCUGCAAGGAAUAUAAACAUUUCGAAUAAUCGCAUUGAUGGAUUGCUUCAAGAGAACAUUGGUAACUUAUUUCCAAACGCAAAGUAUUUGAAUUUAUCGAAGAAUAAUUUUGAGAGUGGAAAUAUUCCUUCGUCAAUUUUACAGAUGUUAUAUUUGGAUAACAACUCAUUUUCAGGAAAUAUCUUAAGAGAGGAUUAUCCAAGUGCCACAACCUAUGGAAAACCAUCUUUCAGGAUCCAUAGUAUCAGUAUUGAAUCCAACAAAUUUACAACACCUCCAUUUGCAAGGAAAUGGAUUCAUAGGUCACCAUCAAUUGCUCUUAUCAACAACUCAAAUUUGUUGACAUUGGACAUCAGAAGUAACAACUUAUGUGGUAGUAUUCCUGAUUGGAUGGGUGCCCUUUCCAGUUUGAGGGUUCUAUUGUUCCAAGGAAAUCAUUUAAAUGGUCCGAUUCCAAAUCAUUUGUGCCAAUUGGAAUGGAUAUGCUUAAUGGAUCUUUUUCAUAAUAGCUUGUCUGGAUCAAUACACCGAUGUUUCAAUUACAUUUCAUUUGGGAGGAGGAUAGAGAAGGAAUCUAUAUCUAACAUUAAAUCUGAAGGACUUUGGGGGACUAGGUCAACAGAAGUUUUGGCUGGUGCAGUAGAAGAAAUAGAAUUCAUGACAAAAAGUAUGUAUUUUUCAUUCAGAGGUGGAAUCCUUAAUUUUAUGUCUGUGAUGGAUUUAUCGUUUAUCAAUCUCAUGAGUGAUAUCCCACAUGAAAUAGGAACUUUAAAUGGAAUUCAUGCAUUAAACUUAUCACACAACCAACUAAUCGGAUCAAUUCCAAAAGCCUUCUCCAAUUUAAAGCAAAUAGAAAGCCUUGAUCUAUCCUACAACAGAUUAACUGGGAAAAUCCCUUCAGAAUUGACCACACUAUACAAUUUGGAGGUCUUCACUGUGGCAUACAACAAUUUGUCUGAUAAGACACCAGAGAUGAAGGGCCAAUUCUCAACAUUCGACAGUUUCAGUUAUGAAGGAAAUCCCUACCUUUAUGGUUUGCCAUUACCAAAGACCUCUUUUUGCUCUUCUAGUGGAGAAUCAACCAACACAUUUGCAACAACUUUAAAUGAUAUGGAGAACGAGGACGAGAUUGACAUGACUGCUUUUGCUAGUAGUUUUGCUGCUUCAUAUGUUGUGUGCUUAUUGGACUUGCCACUAUUCUCUACAUCAAUCCUUAUUGGCAAAGAAUGUGGUUUCACUUCAUCGGAGCAUGCAUGUACUCAUGUCAUGAUUUUCUUUCUAAUGCUUAUUAUAAGCUAUGCAUUCAUGGACGCAGAUUUUGUUUGCUUAUUUGGAAAGCCUUAG